GUAACCCACUACUGCCAUUUUACAUGGGUUAAUACACUGUGAAUGAGGACCAAGAGUCUGUCUGUAUCAGUGCGAUGAAGCACAUGACCCUACCUACGGAAUACUAGUACUAAUAACCCUCCCUUUGGCGGUUAUCCAACAGGGAACAGAAUGGAGGUGGAGUUCGGUCACAAAACUGACUCCGACUCCUGGCAUUCUCACUCACAACUCCUCUCAUCAACACUUCCACUGCCACUCAGACAACAUGUCAGCCCGCGCAUUUUGGUAUGUGCCAGCGACCAAAAGGUCUGCUAGAAAUACUCUUUACAUGCACUGCAACGUAAAGCCAGGGACCAAUAGAAACCGUGAGGGCAUCGCCUCGGUCGACGACCAAGCCGUCGAGAUCUGUGUCGCAGCACAAGCACGUGAAGGCGAGGCCAACAAAGCGGUAAUCAAGGUCUUGAGCGAGGCCCUUGAUCUACCCAAGUCAGACCUGCAGAUCACGCAGGGUCUCAAGUCUAGAAAUAAGACUGUUGCUAUCGUGGGCGCCUGGGUCAAUUCAGGCGAGGAGGAGUGUCUAAGGCGAGUUAGGAUGUAUCUGGACAACGCUGUAAACGAUUCUUAACUUGGUCGUCAGUAACCGUACUUGGCCUGCCUCUGCAUUUGGAGUCCCGGACGACUCCGUUAACGGUGGUCUCCGCACCCCCAAGAUCCGACACCUGUUGUUGUUUGGCUGCAUACUCGGCGACGUCAAGAAAGGCGUCCGAGCCCGCCGCUACCCGGCAACCGACGGCCAUCGGGGUCGCUUUUCAGCACCUUCUCUACUUGUUCCUAGCGGCUGUCUUCCCAGGCAUCAACGUCUCAGUUUUUCCUCCUGUCUUCAGGAGUGCAAUGCCACCCAAACCUUUCAUCUAAUACCUCGGGCUCUCGGUCUCACAAGCCCGCUAGGCCGCGUGCCCCGACUUCCCGUGGUUCCC